CGCAUCGAGAGGCACGGAAUCGUUCGUUGGGAAGGUAUAUACGGUGCGCCGUGUAAGAAGAUCAGCCGAGAAUGCCGCGCAAUUUCGCAGAGACCGACAGGAAGAAGAAUCAAUUCGAUAAGGAGGAAAGGGUUCAUCUAUUGUCCAUAAUGAAGCAGUACGCCCCGUUGUUGGACAAGAGCGCCUCCACGCUUGCGCGCAAGAAAAUUUGGACGAUCAUCGAAAGCGAGUUCAAGAAGGCUGGCUUCACUCGCAAGACGUCGGCUCAGCUUAAGAAAUAUUGGCAGAAUUACAAGUACCAUUGUAAAAAGGCUAUAGCGCUGGGGAAGGAAAGUAAGAAGUGCGGAAAAUCGGAAGGAACCGAGUCAUCCGAAUGGAACCGAUAUCAAGUAUUUGUUGACAAUCGAUCUGCGAACUCGUUUUCGGAAAUCCAUGACGCUCUUCGGCCGUUUGGAGAUCGUUCGAAAACCUCGUCGGACGAAUCGAGAUGUCGUCUUCCUGAAACGUACGAGGAUAACGGAACGAUAUCCCAGAAAAUUAAUGCCUUGGACAACUUCAUCGAUCUCUCGCACGUCAAGACCGAGAAAAACGACGACGAAGUUACGCUGGACGAUUUCGACGGACCAGGAACAAAUCCGUCGGAGAAUACAAAUCCCGAGGACGAUAGCUUGGACGAGAGGAAAGAGAUUUUUACGAACGAGGACCGUCUCGCGUCCUCGCCGACCGAUACGAUCGAUCAUAAAACGAGAAAUCGUAUCGUGGUGUCCAACGCGAAUAUAUCCAACAAUAGCGUCACAGUGUCGGUCAUUUAUCCGGAAAAUAACGACGAUGGGUCCAGAAAUCCAGCCGAUGGAACGCACCGAGUGCCCGCGAGGAACUCGGGGCGGAAUGAAACAAGUUUGUAUUCGAUGUAUUAUUAUACGAUUGUUGCAGACAACGAGGAAUGCGAUUCGAUCGAGUGCGCAGCGAACGACUCGACGUACGAGAAACAGGUCGGGAAGUAUUCCGCGGAAAAUCGACCGGCUGCUUCCAUCGAGAACCAGGAAGACGACGCCGCUGCUAGGACGAGAAGUUCCGAGACUCGGAACGAACCUUUCGGAUCCAAAGGCUACGUGUUUUUAACCGACUAUCGCAAUCAGUUGAAGCACAGAUUGCUUUUGCAACAGCUCGAAGUACGCGAGCGGACGCUUCGGUUAAUCUUUCCGAACGAUUUUCUUUUUUUUUUUUUAAUUACAAUGAAAAUCGUGUUGCAGGCAGAGGAGAAACGUUUGAAGGUAAAAAUUGCCGAGAUGGCGAUACAGGAGGUACAGUUGAGGAUAAAAGCUCUGCACGAGGACAUGCGACGCACGGAAGAGUUGCAUCGGUUGCGUUUAAAGCACGUCGCAAUCGGAAGCAGACAUUUUUAGACGGUAGAGAACAAAGAAAUUAAUUAGUCCUAGAAUGACGUCUGCCUACGCAUCGGUUCGUUUCCGCUUGCGAUCGCUAGAAGUAGGUGUAGGUAGAAUGGAAAACUCGCGCACCAUAUUCGCGACAUAUUUUUCUCUGGAAUGACAAUCAAAGUUUACGCGUUAGCGGGAUAAAUCGCGCUGCCUAUUAAUUUCCUGGGAUAUUAAUUUCUUCUUCGGCGACAAACGGUUCAACUUUUCUCGUCGAUCUUAAUUCCGUCCGGACGACAGAUUCGCAAACUUCGCGGAAGAAGUUAAUCGAAAGAGACAGGGAUAGGCAAAAUACUUAUCCAGAUAAAAACUUAUAUCCACGGGGAUUAGGGAAAUGGAAAUUUGAUAAUCAAAGUAACGUCGUAAGCACAUCGUGCCGCGAGAAGAACUUUUUACCUGUCCGAUGAGGAGGAUUGCAUUAGGUUGUCCAGAGAAAGUUCGUGGCAAUUUCUGAGAAACAGUCAAAAACACGUUUGAAUUUUGAUAUACAGGGUGUCACAGCAUCGGCGGUACAAUCGAGGUGGAGGUGAUUCUACAUAAAGAAACAAAUCGAAAAUAAAGAAUAAAGUUUGUUCGUUUGGGUUUCGUUCUUCAGAAAAUCGGUUUUGUAUAUUCAGCGAGUACACGUGACUCUGGUUUAGAUGGAUGGAUCCCGAUACAAGUCGUACGUAUGUUUAUGCAUAUGAUACUUAUAAGUAGUACUCGUAUCAUUAGUAUCAAGAUGAUGUGCUGUAUUACCCGUUUCUGUCUACGGAUUUAGAGCGAAUUUUAAAGUCUGUAUCGAGGUCCGUCUACCUAGGCCAUAGUUAAGUGUAUCCGUACUUGCUUAAUAUUCAAAAUCGAUUUCCUCGACAACGAAACGCCGAAUGAACAAAUUUUAUUCCUUAUUUUCGAUUUGUUUUUUCAUGUAGAAUCAGUAAUACAGGGACACCCUGUAUAUUUAUUGAAUUACAUAGGUGCAAUUUUGCUCCACGACCUUUCCAACUGUUAAGGGACGUAUGCUAGUUAUUUAUUUUCAACCGCUUCGAUAAAUUCAGACCUGUACCACUUACCAAAAAUCGACAUGGACUUUCCGGACAACCCAAUGCUUUUACUUACGAAAUGACAUCGUGCUGAAAUUUGAAAAGGUG